UAUCUCCUGUGUUGUCAGUACAGACAACACACCCUUCAGCAUUUUAGUGGAACACCUGUGUCUCAGGUGUCAGGUGGUAGAGAGACACACAGAUACAGAGAGAGAGAGAGAGAGAGUGUGUGCGUGUCUAACCUUAGUUCCUCGUUUCACCUGCACGACUCUCCAGGACAGAAACACCGUCAGUGACUGUUUACCACAAAACUCUCUCGUCCUAUGAGAGCGGCCGCGUCAUGACAUCACGUUCCCUGUUCCUGCUGCUUUACCUGUUUGGGAGCUGCUUUGAGCACUCAGGAGCCGAGAGCUACAACAAUGACACGUGCCUCGCUGAAGAACGCUGCUCUGGGGAUUCCUCCACCAACUUCCUCCACUGUGUGGGGCUGCCGUCCAGCGACACUGGGAAGGACCACAUGCGGAGACUGAAGGAAGUGUUGGAGGCAACAAUGGACUUGUACACCUUCAUGAAGUCCAGCAUGAAGGGAGUUCCUGUCCUUGAACUGCAGGGGGCAGUGAACAUGAAGCCCGACGUCGACCCACUCCAGAACGAAGCUCUUGUGGAAAUGUGGCUGGACGUGAAGAUCAAACCUCUGCUGAGUUCCAUCACCAGAGAACUGCUGACCUGCCUCGGCACCAAGAACUUCAGCUGCGCCACCUACCAGACUGUAGUCAGGGAGUUCAGUCACUAUUUCUCUGAGAUGGAGCCAUUCAGACAGAAGUGGAUCUACAGCUUCUUCAUGUUCCCGUUCUUGUCCAGAGACCAAGUCCAAGGUUGUGUGAAUCCAGAGGAGGGCAGUGAGGAGUGGCUGGUGAAGAACUUCGGUGCCUUCAGCGCCGUGGCCCGACUGAAGGACUUUUCAACUCUCAACUUGAUUUUCAGUGGCUUGGAGGUUCUCCACCUUCUGUCUCCGGCUCAGAAGGCCGAGCUGCUGCUGAUGCCUGAGGUCCAAAGCUGGGACAACAACACCUUGUCUUUGGUCUUCAGCAGUCUGAUGACGGGAGGCUCUGGUUCUGAUAACAGCUCCAGUCCAGGACCUCCAGGUCCUCCAGGACCUCCAGGACCCCGUCCACCACAGCCUGGUUCUCAUGAACAGGUGGCCCAGGCUUUCAUCAGUGUCUUCAGGCCCUUCGGGAGCUUCGCCCAUGAAUUUGUGUCCUUGACGCGAGAGAGAGGCGUGUCGGAGAUAAAGAGUACGACUCUGACUCAGUUUGUCCUGAACUGGACUCUGUCUGAGCUGGCCCACAUGUACCUGCCUCAGAACACGUCCACUUCUCCACCGAUGCCAACAUUCGACGUGACGAACGUGGAGGACUGGUACCAGCAGGUGGUGCUACCGAUGUUCCAGAGGUUCUUUCCAAAUAGUGACGACCUGAUGAAUAAAAACGUCACGCUGGCGUUCCAUGAAGUUUAUUAUCUGGAGAACGGUGUCCACAAUGAGACGACUGACGUCAUGGAUGUCUGUAGCGUCACCUUGGAUAAGAGUCCCUGUGGGCUAACCAACGUCGUGGAAAAUGUGGCCCACAUUUUAAGCUGCGCUGCUCGAACCAACCUGACGAUGGACGAAGGGACCAUCAUGAAACUGAUGGACGAGUUGAUCACACGACUGAACUCGCUCCUCGUGGAGUUGUCUUCCACCGUGAGUAAAACCUGCCGUCUCCAUCGAACCGUGAAUGUUGGUGUGAAACAAAGAACGUUUGGUUUACUGGUUUAUCUCCAAAUAUUCAUCUUUUUUAUUUCGAUCCUUUUCCUCCUGAAGAACUUCGCAGAGCUGGCGUCGGAUUUCCAACAGAUCUUCAGUGAAGCCGACGUUCCCUCUCUGAGCCAGGAGAACCUUCAUGACCCGGAGUUCAUCAAACUUUGGUUUCAGAUCAAACUGAUGCCCCUCCUGCCAGAUGUUACCCCGCCCCUCCUCUCCUGCCUCAGUACCAAGAACUUCUCCUGCCACGUUUACCAAACCAUAGUUGCUUCUCUCGGCCGACACUUGUUCAUGAUGGAGGCUGAUCCCAUGUACAGUCAAAACAUCUACCAACAUUUCAUCUUUCCCUUCCUGCUGCAUCACAACAGUUCUGACGCCCAGUGUCUCUCCUCAGUCGACAACAGCACAGAGUGGCUGACGACAAACUUCGGUCAUUUCUCGGAGUUUGCCGCUGUCCCCGACUUUUACCAUCUCAACCCGAGCUUCUCCGCACUGGAGGUUCUUCCCGUUUUAUCUCCGAAACAACUCGCCGAGCUGCUGGUGCUGCCGCUGCCCGCGCCGCCACAGAAAGACGUGGUUAUAAACGGCGUGUUCGACUUCCUCCUCGCCUCACCUCAAAGACUUCCUGAGGUCUUACAUCAUCUGGUUCAGGUGGCCAAUGAGGUUAAUCCACCCUGUGAAGUCCUCACACACAUCAUCCAGAGACUGUACACCGCUGUACCCUCCGUGCGUGUGAACGUGGAGCCGAUCAUCUGGUCGACCAUGGACGAGCUGCUGACCGUCGCUCCAGUCGGGUGCGUACCGAGGAACUUCACGUGUCCAGAAAUCCACUUCAACGCCACUGAUAUCUGCAGAGGGAUUAACAGCUCUGACCUGCAGGCUCAGUUGACACCAUGGUCUGCUGAUGUUCCAUGUAAUUUCACCUUGGAGGUGUAUGCAUGUGCAGAGCUGGAGAACUUCACAGCCAAUCACCUGGCUUCUCUGCUACAAUGUGACCUGCCCGGAGAGAGCAGUGAUUCCAAAGUGCUGUGGAAGAUGCUGCUCAGUAAACUGUCCCACGUGUUGGACCCAGCGCUGGACGUUCUGGCCGAGAUGCCUACGACCACAGUGGUCCCAUCAGCGACCGUGGUUCUGGACGUGAUCGCACAGAUGAGACUGUCGAUGUUGACGGAUGAGCAGCUGAUGAACAGCACCGCCAUCGGUACCUGGUUCUCUGGACGUCUGAGCUUGUUCCUGCCGUCCGCGUCAGCCAGUUUUCUGGGCUGUUUGACUGACAGAAACUUCAGCUGUCAGUCGUACCAGCAGGUGCUGCAGAUGUUCGUCCACAACUUUGAGCGAAUGAGUCUGAAACAGAGGCGCGUGAUGUUGAAGAACUUCCUGCUCCCCUUCCUGUCCAAACCUCAGUCAGGUCCAGGCUGCGUGAACGGAUCCAAUUCCAGUACAGAGUGGUUGAUGAAGAACCUCGGCCCGUUCUCCACCAUGUUGUCCCUGGGACAACUGCUGGGCCUCAACCCACACUUUGAUCCUAUGGAGGCUCUGGCGCUCCUGACUCCGGCUCAGUGUGCUGAGAUCCUGGCUCUUCCCGACCUUCCGGACCAGGAGUACGUCAUCAAUAAACUGUUUGAUCACAUGGCCCAGCCUCCACAGCACCACAAAAUCCCAGAGUUCUUGUUCUACCUCCUGAUGUUCCUCCCACAGGUCGACCUUUCCUGCUCGUCGUUCAAAACUCUGUUUAACAGACUGGACCUGGCCACGGCAGACGUUCCACUGACUGUGGCUCUGAAUAUCUCCAACAGUAAAAUCUUCAUAUUUGACCAUGUUCCACCUGGUUGUAGCAUCUAUGGUGGUAAUUGCAGCAUCACCUUGGUCAAUGAAACUGAAAUAUGUGAUGGAGUAAACAGCACGGCGCUGCAGCUGAGCCUCACCACAGGGGGCAGUGGUGGACACCUGUGUGCCUUCCCCACAGAAGAGUUGGCCUGUGCCUCUGCGUCGGCGCUAACGGCGCUAACAGCCCAGCAUCUGGCUGAGGUGAUGAUGUGCAACAGGUCGUCCAACUCCAGUGAAUCCAGACCAGUUUGGAAGCUUCUCCUCUCCAAGGCCUCACCGGUGCUCAAUGAAGCUCUGGAUCUAAUGGUCAACAUGACUCAUCCCACAAAUCCUGUUUCGUCAUUGAUUCUGGACACAAUACGAGAACUACGAUUGGACACCGUCAACUACACCAAACUGAACGACCCCGCCUUCAUCCAGCUGUGGUUCAACGGACGACUCCGUCCGUUCUUGCCCGCCGCGUCCCCGGACUUCCUGUCCUGUCUCACCACCAGGGACCUGAACUGCAGCAGCUACCAGCACAUGGUCCAGGCCAUGGGUCACGUCCAGCCGUACAUGACCCUCGGCACACAGAUGCUGGUCUACACACACUUCAUCAGGGUCUACCUGAUGAAGAACACCACUGAAGACCCGGGCUGCAGCCUGUUUGUGCUGAACUCUGGUGAUUGGCUGCAGAUGAACAUCGGACGUUUCUCCAAACUCGUCUCCUUAGAAGAUCUCUUCAAACUCAACCCAUCGUUCUCGCCGCUGGACGCUCUGCCCCUGAUGACGGUCAAACAGCUGGCGGAGGUUUCGGCCACUCCUGGACAGCUACAGACAGCUGAACAGGUGGACAUGGUGAUGCAGCACGUCCCUGACCAACAACUCCCGGAGUUUUUUGACGACUUUUCACCCGCAAUUCUGGGUCACGAGGAGGAGAUUCCUCCUCCGCCGAGGGCGGCCAUGCUGCAGGUCGUGUUUGACCGAGCAAACCUCUCCGAUCAUUCUGUCAGCGAUACGGUCGUGUUGCUUUGGCUCCACAGCCGACUGCGCCCCCUGCUGGUGGGUCUCUCACCACUACACGUGGCACCGUUCUUCAAAAUACUGUCAGGAAGGAACUGCAGCACGGAGCAGCAGGGAGUGCAGGAGUUACAGUCGACAAUAUCGUCCCUGAGUGAAGGGACAGUGGACGGAAUCCACGAGCACAUCAUCCUGCUGCUCACAGUUCCGGUUCCUCUGCGUUGCUACGGUGACAACUACAACGUCAGUGUCUACGACUUCAUGGAGCAGCAGUUCAUGGGAUUCCAGUUCCCCAACCUGACCACCUUCCUGGGACUCAUGCCUCAGGACAAAAGGCCUCAGCUGCUGAGCUCCAUGCCUCCAUCAGACCUGGAGAAACUUCUGCUCCGUCCUGGAGUCACUGACAACCAGGCCGAGCUGUGUGUCCUCUACCAGGACUACAGACACACACCCAGGUUCCUGGAGACUGUGUCUCUUCCUGCCGAGGUCAGACGACCCACGCUGCCUUGCGUCUGGCCCAUGGCUCUGCAGAGCUCUGAGAGAGCUGAGGUCAACGCGUGGUUCACACAGCGGCUCCCGGACUACGUGGGGUACCUCAACAAAGACCUGAUCGGCCCCAGCGUCACCUACAACUCCAGCUGUCUGGCCUUCCAGCAGAUUGUUUUACUUCUCGGUCCGUACAACUACACCACUGUGGACUUUGAAAGAGGAGACGUGUACGACAGCAUCAGGACGUAUCUGACCUCAGCGACCGCGCCCAGGUGUUACGACGACACCAACCCCGACCUGAACUCUACGGCCUGGUUCUCUCAGUACAUGGGCCCCUUCAUUAUCUUCCUGACGCUGGACGAUCUUCUGUCUUUUGGUUCACCACAGGUGCUGCAGGUGUUUACGGUAAACCCCCUGAACAUCGCCCUGCUCAAACAAUACCAACUGCCCCUGAACGUCACCAACUACUACACCGAGCUGGUUUAUCUGCAGGACAGCAACUUCGAUCCCUCACUUCUGCCUGUGGUACCUCAGUGUGUUGCUCCUGGUCAAGCCUUCACCCAACUGGACAGAGACGAAACACUGACCGUCUUGCACAACCUGUCCAGUGUGUGUACAGACGUGGAUCCAGAGGUCUCCGCAGCCUUGGCCAGUAACCUCGGUAACAGCAUCGACUCCACAGCAAUCGCUGCUCUUGGCAAUGAAAGCACCGGCCUGUCGUUGGGUCAGAUCAAGGAAAUGAAGCCCGAUGACCUCAUCGCUUCCUUGUCCGCCCUCAGCUCCAUCACGGGGUGGAACGAGGGUCAGGCCAAGGCCUUUAUUCUGCUCCUGAUCUCCUCGGGGAAGUUUGAGAUUGCCGACUCGGAGUCACUGCUGACGCUGGGCUCUCUGGUCAUCGGCGUUCCCGCCUCCACGAUGGGCAAAAUCAGCGGUUCUCAGCUGAUAACGGCUUCUCAGAACCCACAGUUCUUGAUUUACUUGAUGUCAGCUCCACAGAUCAUUCAGAAUAUCUUCGUCACACAGAUUAUAUCAGUGAACAGCGACAGCCAGAGUCUCAUCGUCAACGUCCCUGAUGAAAUGGCCACUGAGAUUCCUCGACCCCUGCUGCUGGGUUUCCCCGGGGACCAGGACUUUGUCAAAAAGCUGAAUAAGAAGAAAUGGAAGCAUCAGCAGGCUGAGCUGUUCUUCAACAUCAUCGCUGUGGGAAACGUCACGGAGGAGCUGGGAGGAGAACAGAACGUGUCAUCCGAUGUGCUCCAAGGGUUUACCUGCACUGGAGUGAGGAACGUUAAGAAAGUGAAGGUGAAGAAGCUGGUCAAAGCCUGUCGAAGGAAAGGCAAGAAGGACAAGAAGACCAAGAAGGUCAAACUGGUGGAGAGUCAGCUGACCUGCAUGCUCUUCUACAUCAAGGGAGAAUCCGACGCCACCGACUUCCAACUCUACCCCCAUGAUGUUCUGCUCUACUACGAUUACUCUCUGGUGCCAAAGGACAAAUGUAGGUUUUAUUUUGAAGAGCUGUCGGAGGCAGAUUUCUCCGUCUUCUCUGACGACCUCAGCUACAAACGUAGAAAACUGUUUGACAACGCAGUGCAGUGCCUGGACAUAACGAACACCAGUCUGAGUGAAGACAGCGUGAAGGUCCUGGGGAACAUGUGCUGCUUCCUGGAGCCGCGUUACAUCCAGAACUCCAACCCUCAGAUUCUGGAAGUCCUUAAAACCUGUUCGGAUCUCAGUGACGAACAAGCGUUAGCCGUUCAGAACCUGCUGCUGAGCGGGAAGACGCAGUAUGGGGAGCCGUCUGUGUGGAACGGUGAAACUCUGACUAAUCUGGAAAUACUGCCGCUGUACAUGGACUCCGACUUCUUUGAUAAAUUUGACAAGAAAACAAAAUACUAUUUCCUGAAGAAGUUUCUGAAAAUCUAUAAAAAGAAAGACGUUGGCAGAAAGAGGAGGAAGAGGAUGAAGAAAAUGAUGCGUGGCCGCAAAAAAGACAAAAGGUCUUUAGCGGAGGAGUGCACUGUGGGAAACAUCACCCAAGUGACGGUCAACGACAAUGCCUUCACCCUCCUCUACGAUGACGCUCAGUUUAACGCCUGCCUGACGGCCACCGUGGUCAAAGACAACCUGCAGGCCAUCACUGAAACGGUGGACGAAGAAGAACGACUCCGGAUUGUUCUCAGCAAGUUGUACGAGGCCUACGCCUCCAGCUCUUCCAUUCCUGAAGAUCAGGUUCAGCUCUUGGGCGCAGCGGCGCGCGUGGCCACCGUCUCUCAGAUCAACAAGUGGACCAUCACACAGAUCGACACGCUCUCUGGUUUGAUGGAUCCUGAAGAUGGGGAGUGGGACCCCAGCCUGAUGAAGGUCAUCUCUAAGUACCUGAGCACAGAAGGUAAUCAACUUGGCAGUGCAGAGCUCAACACCAUCGGAGGAACCAACCUGUGUUCUCUGGACGUUGACGUUCUCCAGACUAUUUCUCAACAAAGCAUCAAAGAAGCAGAUGCUCUGGAUUUGUCCAACUGCACCGCGGAGCAGAAGAAAGUUCUGUUCAACACGGCUAAGCUGGCCUUCACAAGUACCACGCGUAGUACUGAGCCUGUGUCAUCGUACCAGCUCCUGAAGUCCUACACUGGUGGAGCCGAUUUGCAAUAUAUUAAAAGUUUGCUGAAAUCAGAAGUCAACAUGGACAUGUCUAUUUUCAUCGGUCUGGAAGAGACGGUUAUACUGGCGUUGUCUGUCGAUGAAGUCAAAGCGCUCCUCGGCUCCAACGUGGAUCAGUUAAAGUCCUAUGAGAACCAAACCAAGGUAAACAGCUGGAUCACCAGUCGGUACCAGUCAGAUCUGGACACUCUGGGACUGGGAAUUACAGGAGGUAAGGCUGACCCGGCAACAACACCGGGUGCAGCAGGACAAACUACGGCAGGAGGAGGAGGAGGAGGAGGAGGCACUACUCCUUCUGGAACUACGGCAGGAAGUUCUUCUACAGAAAUCCGUGCGAACGCUGGCCUCUCGCUCCUCCUCCUCCUCCUCUCCGUGCUCUUCGUCACGGCUCAGCACCUUGUUGUGUGAAGAACCAGGUCGAACGCCGAGGGUUCUGGAAAUUAAUGAUCGUGAGAAGUUAAAGAGGAACAAACACUGUUUUCGUUUAUAUCUGAUAGAAGUAAAUAUUCUCUGAAAGAUAUGAAGGUGAUGACGCAGUGUCAGACGUUAGUCAACAUAUUACCAUUAUUACAGCUUUCUUAUGAUAAAAGUCAACGGCAUGAAACAAAUAUUUUACUCCUUUACUGAAUUGUUGCCAUUAUUUACUAUUUGGAACAAAUUUUGCUAUUAUAUAUAUAUAUAUAUAUAUUUAAGCACUUUUACGCUUUGUACUUGUAUCUUACAUGUAUUUGAUAUGAAGGCUGCAAAUGAAGUUGAUGUGUUUACGACAUCAUCCGUGAUUCUUCUGAAAAAGCACUUUCUUGUAUCAUUACAAAAUGCCAUUUCUAUAUAUUUGUCAGAUCCGUAUAAAAAAAGAUCAAUAAAUCAAGAUUAUUCAA